AAAUAAGUGUUUAAGUGAAAUUUGUCAGGUUGUCAUCGAUGAUGGGCAGAUGGGCUCAAAAAUUCCUGUCAAUCAGUUGGUACUCUGGAUAUUCGAUAACGACUACUGAUUUUUGGCGCGAAAACGGAUGUUUUUUCUUCGUUUGUGGUUAUGAUGAUUAUUUCUUCAAAUUCAAAUCGUAAAUAAAUGUAUGCAUAACAAAAAUGGACAUUGAUUUAAUCCUUCAACAGUUACAAAACGUAGAAGAAGCAUUAAAAUGCACAGUGUGUUUGAAAAAGUGUGUUGAUCCUGUUAAAAUAAAGGCAUGUGGUCAUUACUUUUGUUUAAAAUGUUUUAAAAUAAAAGAUCACGUAUGCCCUAAUUGUAAAACCUACUAUGAGGAACGUGAAGUAGAUUACAAUAAUAUUGCCAAACAAACUGAUUACUUGUUAUCUGAAUUAAAGGAGUAUUUAUUACAACCUGAUCCAGAUCCCACAUCUCCCACCGAAAAUUACGAUAAGGAAGUUGCCGUAAUAUCUGGCAAUGUUUAUUUAUCAGAAAAUACUUUUGUAUACAAUAAUAAGACUUACCAUGUAAAUUAUAUUGAUGAUAUAUGUGGUAAAGUUAAUGCUAAGGGCGAAACUCCAUUACAUAUUGCAUGUAAGAGAAAAAGGUUGGAUGAAGUAAUUGCCCUAUUAGAAAAGAAAACUGAUUUAAAUGUGAAAGAUUUUGCUGGAUGGGCGCCAUUGCAUGAAGCAGUUGAAAGUGGUAGUGUGGAAAUAGUUGAAACGUUAUUGAAAAAUGGUGCUUUAGUAAAUGUUCCUGGGGGGGAAUAUGUUACGCCUUUACAUAAAGCAGUAACACGAGAAAAUGUAGAAUUAAUUGAAUUAUUAUUAAGAUAUAAAGCUGAUAUAGAGACAAUUGAUUAUUUAGGGAAGAAACCCCUGGAUUGUACACGAAAUGAAAAUAUUAAAAACACACUGAACAAAAAUAUCACCUUCAUAGAUAAGAAUGAAGAAUUAUUCUGUACAAAAAAAAUAAAUGUUUAUUUUUAUUACACAGAAGAAUCUUAUAAACAUAAACUGUCAAAAUCCAAACUUGUUAGUAUUAUAAAAGAAUACGAUGCAAAAAAAGUUACACAUUUCAUAAUUCGGAAAACACAUAAGCUGUCUGUAAAGAUUAUGGUUGCAAUGUUAGAUGGUUGUUUUUUGCUGCCUCAGGAGUGGAUAGAUGAUUUUUUUAAAAAUAAUAAUUGCUUCGUUCCAAUACCAAAUUAUGUUUUUAUCUCCAAACCGAAAUUAAACAAUGGAAUAAGAAGAGCAGUGUUAAAUUCUCUGCUGAAAUUACCAAAACUUUUUGAUGGAAUAUACUUUUUCAUACAUGGACAUACUAAUUCCAUUACAAUUCAUGAUUUACGGCUUACGAAAGGUUCUAUCAGUUUAUUAAUUACUUGUGGAGGUGGCAGAAUAUUGCACAGAGCCCCGACUCCCUCAACUUGUGAGAAUGUUUUCAAUUAUCCAUAUCACUCCAACAUAAAUGGUAAAGUAUCUAGAUGCUGCCAUUAUUUAAUAUAUGAAGAGGACCAUCCACCCACUUUACAGUAUCAGAUGGCUGAAAUUAAACAUAGGACGUCUAAAUGGCUUUUAGACUGCAUCAUCAACUUCACUAUUUGUGAAUGAAUUUUGAAAACAAUGCAGUAGAAAGCAAUAAAAAACAAAUACAUUUUUCAUC